AUGCCGACCCCUCUAGACCGAGCAUUGAAUUCCAAGAAUCUAUUCCUUGGAUUUGCAGGAAUGGUCACUGCGGUGGCAGCCUAUACCAUCUUGGGCAGCGAUGUUCUCCCCGCGCAAGCAGAUCCCACUGGCGACCCUGAAAACUGGACAAUGGAUGAGAUAAAAAGAUGGCUUCAAGCGAGAGGGCUCUUACCGAAUGAGCGUGCGACGCGUGAGGAGCUGCUUGAAAGAGUCAAAGCAAAUCUCCGCAUACCGCGCAAGACAUCGGCUGGGCCAUAA